AUGAAUAUUAUUUUUGUCAGCAUUAUAUUUUUGCUGACAAAAAUUUUAAUUUUAAAAAUUUCUUCGGCAAGUAUUGAUGUAAAUAAUGAAGAUGAUGAAGAUAUAAACAAGGGAAAUUUAUAUAGACGAGAAGAAUUUAAUAACAAAUCUGAACCGGAAUUUUAUAAAAAUAUUGCCCGUAUCAACGAAUUUAGACAUGUCAAUUCAGAAUGGAGUGUGGCACACAAAUGUCGUAUUUCUUCUUCAUUUCAUACAAAUGAGCAAUGUAUAAAUACAAAUCAAUUUUGUUUUUCUGCUCAAUUAAAUUAUAAUUUUAUUGAACAAAACUACAAAUUUGGAAAUUUUCCAAAACAAUUGGAAUUUUUGAGACAUUUUCCAAGGUGUUGGUUAAGGCUUGCACCUUUAAUUUGUUUGGGUCAUUAUCGGCCUUGUGAAGUUUCAGAAAAAAAUAUAGCAAAUCAAUUGUAUGUACUUAUGGAACAAUUUUCGAUGACUUCUUGUACAAAUAUGUUAAAUCAUUGUGGCUUUGCGAUGGAACAUUUGUUAACACAUUUUCCUGGCUAUUUAAAUUGUGAUGCUUUUUUUGAAGGAAAUAAAUCUGGAAAUAAUUCAGACAAAAUUAUUUACAAGAAGGAUUGCAAGGUUUCUUUUUAUUUAAUCCGGGUUAAGGGGUAA